ACAAUUAUAAAAAAAAGAAACCCUCUCAUUCAUUAACAUUUAUUUUCUCCUCCAUUUUCUCUCCUUUUCCCGGAAAAUCUUCUUUUUGAAGCUCACCCUUAUAAUUACUUUCCCACUCAUUAUCCUUUCUAUAUUAUAAUUUGAACAGAAAGAACCCCAUAAAAAGCCAUUAGAAAAAAAACCUACUACUUUGAUGCUAUCAUGGAAGGAGGAGGCAGUGAUGAUCAUCAUCAUCAACUCCACCAUCACCAUCUUCAUAACUUUCCAUUGCAGCUACUUGAAAAGAAAGAAGAACCUUGUUCAUCUGCUUCACCUCAUCCUAACCGUGGUCCCAUUUCUACUCUUCAAAUCUCUCCUGACACUUCCAAAAAAUCUCCUUCUAAAAGAGCCUCUACUAAAGAUAGACACACCAAGGUUGAUGGACGUGGCCGCAGAAUUCGCAUGCCUGCUCUGUGUGCAGCUAGGGUUUUUCAGCUUACACGUGAGCUGGGUCACAAAACGGACGGUGAAACCAUCCAGUGGUUGCUUCAACAAGCUGAGCCUGCUGUGAUUGCCGCCACCGGCACUGGCACUAUCCCUGCUAACUUCACGUCGCUUAAUAUAUCACUACGUAGCUCCGGCUCCAGCAUCUCAGUUCCAUCUCAGUUAAGAUCUUUAAGCUACAACUCGAACUUCUCUAUGCAACAACGUCGGAAUUUGUUUCCUGGCAUUCCUCUCGAUUACACCACACCAACAUUUCUCAAUUUUCAGUCUAAUCAUGAUAAAAACAAUUCCUUGGAGUUAUUAGAGGCGGAGGACGGUUUAGGGAGAAAGAGAAGGCUGGAAUUGCAAGAGUUAUCGCCACAGAAUCAAAUGGGAAAUUACUUGUUUCAGUCAAGUGCUGGUGCGAUUCCGGCAAGUCAUGGUCAAAUUCCGGCUAAUUUUUGGAUGGUUACAAAUUCGAAUAAUCCAGUUAUGAGCGGUGACUCAGUAUGGACAUUUCCAUCCGUCAAUAGUAGUGGUUUGUAUAGAGGCACCAUGUCAAGUGGGUUACAUUUUAUGAAUUUUUCAACCCCUUUGGCCUUAUUGCCCAGUGAACAAUUAGGGUCAAGUAUUAGCAGCGGUGGCGGAGGUGGUGGUCAGUUGAACAUGUUAACCGGAUUACAUCCGUAUAGACCGAUUUCCAGCACCGGAAUAUCAGAGUCGCAAGCAAGUGGAUCACAUUCCCAUCACGGUGGUGGAGAUGAUACAAAAUGUCAUCACUCAUAACAACAAAGAGCAACCCUUUAAUCUCUUUGUGUGUAGUUUGAUCUAUGGGAAACACACGUGAAGUUUGAUUGGGUACGGCUUCUUAUUAGGGUUUGAAGGAAAAGAAAGAAAAGCACUACUUCUUCUUCUUCUUUCGAAUUCUUUCUUCUACUUCUACUUCAACAACUACUUAUUUUCAACAUAUGGGUAUUUCCCAGGAUUUUUCUUUA